UGUCCGUGAAAUUGAGAGUCUAGCUUAAUAGGCCUGAAAUCCAACAUGUAGCUAAACCUACGGCGGCAUUUAGCCCCGCUUUUUUGUCUUUUACUUCAUCUUCCUUUCCAUACACAACCAACAGAAACAACAAGCGAAGGAGGCACAUGUCAAUUCCCAACCAAUCAGAUUUCAACUAUUUCCAAUCCCCGAUAUCCAAGGACUAGCAAUUUUAUUUUGGAAUUGUAAUUCUAGGGUUUCAAACAAAAAUCAAAAUUCAUUGUAAAAUUAAUUAAAUUAAUUAUCGAUUUCCCAGGGUAUGGAAGUCGAGGUGUCCAGUUCGAAACCUUUAGCGAUUGAUCUUGAGAGUAUGGUAAAGGGAGACAAGGAGAAGGUUCGUGUCAAGAGAAAGACUUUACAGGCCGUGCUGGAGCAGUGUCAGAGAGCCCUUGAAUUGCUCAGUAACGGCAGCUUUGAUGAAGACGAUGACGAUGGAGGCGCCGAUUCCGAGGAGGAGCCGAGCCGCGAAGGAUCUUCGGUUUCGUGUGACGAUCCAGAAGCUGAUGAGCUUUGCGAUCUUCUUAAAUCUCGAGUUGAAUGUGCCAACUUCCUUGAAAAGUUGGAGUGUGCACAGGUGUCAGCUCCGCAGAAUAAUGCUGCAGAAGAAGGUAGUUCAUGGGACAUGGUCAGUGACAAUGAUAUUUGGGAUUGUGAAAAUGCUGAUUUGGAUGGAGAAGAUUACGUUCUUGUUAGGGAAGAAGAUAUAGUGGAUGGUAUUGCAUGCUUCAUGGCAGCAUAUCUAUUGUCCCUUAAACAGACCAAGAGUAUGACUCCAAAUCAACUUCAAGAAGCCCUUAGCAAGACUUUCUCUGUAAAGAAGAAAAAAGGGAAGCUUCGGAAAGCUUGGGAUGGAAGUAAAGUCAUUUACAAUGUAGCUUCCUGGGGUGCAACUGCUAUUGGGAUAUAUCAAAACCCCGUUCUUCUGAGGGUUGCCUCGAAAGCCUUCUGUACUUCAUGUCAUGUAAUAUCAAAGCUUCUCUGAUAUGUCUACUUUGUCGCUUGGAGAAUAGUUCUGGUGCCGAGAUGCACUGUUGUAUUUAUGCUUGUGCUGCCAGUGCAGCUUGGUGUUUCGCAAUUUGUGUAACGUUAAUGCCAUUCUUUGGUUGUUACUUACAGAUCCAUUGAUUUCCAUGCCAUAAACUAAUCUUGUAAAUAUUUGUGCCUCGAAGCAUUCUGAGUGCAAUUCAAAUUCAUUGGCCGUGUCCUUGUAACUUA